UUUGAGUGCGGUCUCCUGGGAAGUCCUCCGCUUUAUUCGAUUUCUUCGUUCUUAUUCGUCCCUCUUUUUAGCUUAACGGUGUUCGGAACUGGGAGAAGGGUAAAAAGAAAAAGCAUAUUCUUUGCCAUCUCGAGUCCAUUUUUCCUGAAGGCCAGCCUCCUGACCUGAAGCCGGAGAAAAGCCUUUUUUCCCCCCCUCCUUUUUUAGGCCAUUUUGUGACAAAAAAUCUUUGAGUUUACCCUCAGGAGAUUCCUGAAUCCCGAGAUCUCAGUUAGAUCCAGGUGGUAGAAGAUUGAUUUGAAGAAAAGGGACAUCCUUUCAUGGGGGAAGAAGCACCCGAAUACCUUCUAGAUGGACUUGAUAAAUUUUCACCUCUUCGGUGUGAUUUAGAAUCCCAAGGCUAUCAGACAGCUACGACCGUAGGCGACAAGAUAUAUGUUAUUGGAGGAUCUGAUGAUGGAACCAAGUUGUCGAUGAAUGUCAAAGUUUUUGAUAAGUUAACAGGAAUAUGGUCGAUUCCUACCGUAUUGGGUACGAAACCUGUGCCAUCUAAAGGUCACUCAGCCGUUCUUUUUAAUAAUGAUCGGAUAUUGAUUCUUACGAGGGACUCUCCACUGGAUGACUGCACCUGGUUUCUUGAGGUGAGCACCCCUUUUGUUAAAGAGAAGGAUAAGAUACUUGGCACAGAGGUGGUUGCCUGGAGCAAGGGGGUCAGAGGUGAUGGCCCAAUGCCAAUUGUCAUCAGUGGCCCUUCUGGAGUUGGUAAAGGUACCCUAAUAUCCAAACUUAUGAAGGAAUUUCCAUCAACUUUCGGGUUUUCUGUAAGUCACACGACGCGAGCUCCAAGAGAGAAGGAAGUAGAUGGAGUUCAUUACCACUUCACAGAAAGAAGUAAAAUGGAGAAAGAAAUAAUGGAUGGGAAAUUCCUUGAAUCUGCAUUAGUUCAUGGAAACCUUUACGGAACAAGUAUUGAAGCAGUUGAAGCAGUUACAGAUGCUGGGAAGAGAUGCAUUCUUGACAUUGAUGUUCAAGGUGCUCGAUCUGUGAGGUCUAGUUCUCUGGAAGCAAUAUUCAUCUUUAUCUGCCCCCCAUCAUUUGAAGACCUUGAGAAGCGCCUUCGUGACCGAGGAACUGAGACUGAGGAACAGGUACAAAAGAGACUGAGAAAUGCGAAGGCAGAGCUUGAUCAAGGAAAAUCUCCUGGUCUUUUUGAUCAUAUCUUAGUGAAUGAUGUUCUUGAAACAUGCUAUAAGAAUCUUAAGAAAAUACUUGGUUUGGAUGAGACUGCUGAUGCUUUGUAUCAACAAUCUAUGAAGAAUCACAAGAUCCCUUUAUGUUACUCCAUAUCUAAAACAGAUCAAAAAUUUCUGAUACAUGGUGGAAGUAAUGAGCUGGGAGCGGCAACCCCUACCUCGUUCAUGCUUGAUGCAUCCUUGCUUAAAGGAGGUGCGCCUGGCCGGACGAGAGGACUGAAAAUAUAUGCUAUUGACCCAUUAACUGAUAGUCUAAAUUGGAUUGAACAACUUUAGCAACCAAAAGAAAUGAAAAACCUAAUCAAGAUAUAUGCAUCGGUACUGGCUAUCUCAGUUUUAGAUCAACUUGGCCUAAAGUUAUAAAAGUUUACACUCAGACGUAGAGCAAUGUGGUUGUCGAGUUCAAAUUGCAUAUUAAAUAGGUACUGCGUGAUUUGUACUAUUGUUACAGCAAAAAGUUUUCUGGAGACAUUAUUUUAUGUUCUUACUUUGUAGGUGAGAACUAAAUUUAUUAUUCUCUUCACUGGGACAUAGGAGACAAUAAAAUGCAUGUCUUAAUCUAUGCUAUCUCCAGGGGUCUGUUCUUGAUGCAUUAAAAUUUCUUUUAGUACUUUAUAACCA